CAUUCAAGCCUUCCCAAAAGUGGCCAAACCCCGAUAAAUUCACCCCCUUUGUUCCAUUCCUAGGGUUUCUUCCUCUCUCUCUCUCUCCCCUGCUCCUAAACCCCUCUUGCUCCAAGCCCCGCCACCCCUCUCUUCCCAUCUAACCUCUCGGGCUCCUUCGGAUAUCGCGCCGAGUUCCCUAUUAGAUGAUUAGAAGUUGUUGAUAAGAAGCAUCUUUUCUCAAUGACCAGUAUGGGUGAAACCGCCGUUCUGGAUGCUGAACGGGCAGAGGAAAUCAAGCUUUUGGCCAAUGAAGCUUUUAAAGCCAAUAAAUUUUCUCAAGCUAUCGAGUUAUACGGUCAGGCGAUUGAACUUAAUGGCCUAAAUGCUGUAUACUGGGCCAAUCGUGCAUUUGCACACACUAAACUGGAGGAAUAUGGAAGUGCUGUACAGGAUGCCACAAAAGCUAUUGAAAUUGAUCCAAAAUAUUCAAAGGGAUAUUAUAGGAGAGGUGCAGCGUAUCUUGCCAUGGGAAAGUUUAAGGAGGCAUUAAAAGAUUUUCAGCAGGUAAAAAGAAUCAGUCCCAAUGAUCCAGAUGCUACUAAGAAGUUGAAGGAGUGUGAGAAAGCUGUUCAGAAGCUUCGAUUUGAAGAAGCUAUUGCUGUACAUGAGUCUGAAAAACGCUCGAUUGCAGAUGCUAUAGAUUUUCGAUCCAUUGAUGUGGAGCCACAGUAUAUUGGUGCAAGAAUAGAGGGUGAAACAGUAACUUUAGAUUUUUUGAAGAAAAUGAUGGAUGACUUUAAGAACCAGAAAUGUUUACACAAGAGAUAUGCAUACCAGAUUGUUCUGCAAACCAGAGAAAUGUUGCGAGCCAUGCCUUCUCUUGUUGAUAUUACUGUUUCAGAUGGUGAUCACUUCACAGUUUGCGGUGACGUUCAUGGCCAGUAUUUUGAUCUAUUAAACAUUUUUGAGAUCAAUGGUUUUCCAUCACAAGAAAACCCUUAUCUUUUCAAUGGUGAUUUCGUGGAUCGAGGAUCUUUCUCUCUUGAAGUUAUUCUUACAUUGUUUGCUUUCAAGUGCAUGUGUCCCUCAGCUAUAUAUCUUGCUCGGGGUAAUCAUGAAAGCAAGAGCAUGAACAAGAUAUAUGGCUUUGAAGGAGAGGUUAGGUCAAAGUUAAGCGACACAUUCGUGGAGCUCUUUGCGGAAGUAUUUUGUUGUUUACCAUUGGCUCAUGUUAUAAACAACAAGGUCUUUGUUGUACAUGGAGGUCUUUUUAGUGUUGAUGGUGUGAAGCUGUCGCAAAUUCGAGAAAUUGAUCGUUUUUGUGAACCACCAGAGGAAGGUUUGAUGUGUGAAUUGCUCUGGAGUGAUCCACAACCUCAACUUGGGAGAGGCCCUAGCAAGCGCGGGGUGGGCCUUUCUUUUGGUGCAGAUGUGACAAAGAGGUUCUUGCAGGAAAACAACCUUGAUCUUGUUGUUCGCUCUCAUGAAGUGAAGGAUGAAGGCUAUGAAAUUGAACAUGAUGGGAAGCUUAUUACUGUUUUCUCGGCUCCAAACUAUUGUGAUCAGAUGGGCAACAAGGGUGCAUUCAUACGCUUCAAAGCCCCUGAAUUGAAGCCAGAUAUUGUUACUUUUUCAGCUGUGCCGCACCCGGAUGUUAAACCAAUGGCGUAUGCAAACAAUUUCCUUCGCAUGUUCUCUUGAAAAGUUGCACAAAAAUGUUAAUGUAAGAUUAAUUUUGGCUGAAGAACUUACCAAAUUGGGGUUUAUGAAUUGUAAAAAUGUGUAGCUGCUGCUGCUGCUGCUGCUGCUGCUGAAGGUUUGGGCAGUUUCCUCCAAGCAACAGCAACAGCAACAGCUCUUCUUUGUCCAGAUAGUGUGACAAGUUGUUUUACGCCAUAUAUACAUACAUAUAUGGCAAGUGUUAAUUUAAGUCUUUUCUAUUUCUCCCCAAGUUCAGUUUCUCAGGAAUCUCAAUGUCUGUCUGUUCCAGUGUAAAUUGUACAAUUGAUUUUGCUAUUUGGCGGUUUCUCUUGGCCCAAAACCCAAGUUCA